GUGAUGAUUUUCCGUUGAAUGUUAAUGUGUAAAUUUGAUUGUAAUGAAGUUCUAAAAUUUACAUUUUCAUAUUUUCUAAGAUUAUAAAGUAUCUUUUACAUAAAAAAAUACUUUUAGACGCAACGUUCUUUAUUCCAGAGGGCAGCCUACUCCACUUUUGCAUUUUUUUCGUUUUUUAGCCAAACAAAUAUUUUGAGUUAUUUUUUUGAUUUUUAUAUAUUUUUAAAACAUAGCAAAAAUUUCAAUCUUGCAUUUAUAUAUUCUUGUAAUAUGAGGAAUUUAAAAGUUGAGAAAAUAUCAAGUUUUCGAUAAAAACCUUUUAAUAAACAGUUCUUUCAGCAACAUUGGAACUGCUGCUGUUUGGAUAAUUGUAUUAUACAAUGUACGUUAACUGUACAGUGUACGCUGUACUGCAAACAAUUCUUGUAUUGCAUCUUAAAAAUAUAGCUCACAAAGUAUUUUGUUUUUAACAAUUUUCGAAAAUAAUACUGUUCUAGAAAGUUAAGUUUUUUCAGUUAAAUUUGUAAUUUUUUGAAGUACAAUUGCACACAUUUUUUAGAUCUGUACUUUAAGAAUCCUGACAUGCUGUUGCCUUGUAUCAGAUUAGAUAUUUAAUUAUAUUUCAGGUUUAAAAAUGGUUGUGAAAGUCUGGUGUGACGGUUGCUACGACAUGGUUCAUUUCGGCCACGCUAACUCAUUACGUCAGGCGAAGGCUAUGGGAGACUAUCUGGUGGUCGGGGUUCACACAGACGAGGAGAUUACUCUGCACAAGGGCCCCCCUGUGUUCAAUGAGCAGGAGAGGUACAGGAUGGUUCGGGCGAUCAAGUGGGUGGAUGAGGUGGUAGAGGGAGCUCCUUACGUUACAACCCUAGAAACUCUUGAAAAAUAUGAUUGUGAGUUCUGUGUGCAUGGUGACGAUAUAACAAUGACUGCGGAUGGAACAGACACGUAUCAUAUUGUCAAAUCUGCGAACAAGUACAAAGAAUGCCAAAGAACCCAGGGCGUGUCAACUACCAACCUGGUCGGACGGAUGCUCAUGCUCUCUAAGGACCAUCUCCAGCGCGGGGCGCAAGAGUACAACGUUGACCGACGCAGCUCAUCAGACAUGAGUUCUGGUGCCUGUGGCCGGUCACCCUGGACCGGGCUUUCUCAGUUCCUCCCAACAACACAGAAGAUACUGCAGUUCUCUAACAAGGAUGGUCCGAAGAAGACGGACAAAAUCGUCUACGUGGCCGGGGCCUUUGAUCUCUUUCAUAUUGGACAUUUGGAUUUUCUAGAGAAAGCCAAGGAGCUGGGAACCUAUCUUAUCGUGGGACUUCAUACAGAUCCUGUAGUUAAUAGGGUUUACAAAGAAUGUGAGGACUCGAGGUAUAAGGGUUUCAACUACCCUAUCAUGAAUAUCCACGAACGUACUCUAUCUGUCCUUGCGUACAGAUGCGUAGACGAGGUUGUAAUCGGAGCUCCCUACGCCGUCUCCAAGGAGCUAAUGGAACACUUUAACGUGUCCGUCGUGUGUCACGGUCAAACCUCAGUACUCCCCGACAUAGGGGGAGAGGAUCCUUACUCAGAACCUAAGCGCCAAGGAAAGUAUCAGACGGUUGACUCCGGGAACGAUCUGACCACGGAGAAACUUGUGGAAAGGAUUUUAACGCGCAGGCUGGAUUAUGAAGAAAGAAAUAGGAAGAAAGAGGAAAAAGAAAUGGCGGCAUACGCUGCUUUUAUGAAACAGAAAGAUGCAGAGGUUCAACCGAACUAAAAUCGAACAUCCUGUCUAAAAUUCAUUUUGUGUAACGUUUUUUCCAUCUUAUGAGAAUGUCUGUGUUGUGAGAUUAACCAGAGGCAUUUAUUUGUCUAGAAGUGUUUUUAAAAUUUAAACUAUUGUAACAUGAUUUUAAUUGUUAAUUUAUUUUUAUUAUUUAAUUUUGACGAAGAGUUUGAACCACUCAUCAGGAUGCAAGUGGAUUUUAACCCUUUUUUAUAAAAUCUAAACUUAUUAGUGUUCAACAUUUGAUUAUGCUGAUAUUCAAAACCUUGAUGUCGGAUUCGGCACGUGGUUAAAACUGUGAUUCACUAGUCUUAAUGCUCGUUCUGUUAUAUAGUUUAUAUAUAGUAAUUUAACCAUCACACCCCUUCGUUUUCUUGUGAUUUUAACUUUAUCAAUCAUUAGAUAUUUUAAAUAACAACAUGAAAUUUAACUUUUUGACAGUUUUAUAAUGUUUUGCUUGUUUUGACUUGUUUAUAUGAUUAAAAUAAAAUCAAUGAUUUA